CGGUAAGUAAUCGACGAGAAAGGAAGUUAUGUCCAACUCCACGGAUAUAUACAAAGACAGGUUUUAGACGUUGAAACGGCAUGCAAUUGUGGAAAUUCAGCAACUGGGUCUCUCUUUUCUUUCUGGGUUUCGGUCUCUUCUUCUACUAUUUCACAUACACAUCUCCUCCUUCUUACCAAAUGGCUGAAGAAACUUCCAAAUCCAUUUAUGAUUUCACUGUCAAGGAUGUUCGUGGAAAUGAUGUAAGCCUGAGUGAAUACAGUGGGAAGGUUCUUCUGUUAGUGAAUGUUGCUUCAAAAUGUGGUUUUACAAAAUCAAACUAUGAGGAAUUGAAUGUUCUAUAUGAGAAGUACAAAAACAAAGGUUUCGAGAUUUUGGCAUUUCCUUGCAACCAGUUUGGUGGGCAAGAACCAGAAAACAAUGAGAAGAUUCAGGAAUUUGUGUGCACUCGGUUUAAAGCUGAAUUCCCAAUCUUUGAUAAGAUUGAGGUUAAUGGGAAGAAUGCAGCUCCCCUUUACAAGUUCCUCAAGUCACAGAAAGGAGGAAUCUUUGGAGAUGGAAUCAAAUGGAACUUCACCAAGUUUUUAGUGAACAAAGAGGGGAAGGUUGUGGAGCGCUAUGCUCCGAUUACUUCACCUCUUAAAAUUGAGAAAGACAUUCAAAAUCUGUUGGAAUCAUCCUGAGCUAGGUUUGUGUGUUUGAUUCUGCAGAAAGACAUUAUAAACAAAAUUUACGUUUUUGGUGUUUGAUUUCAAAAUGGGUAGACAUUAUUAUAGUUUUGAAGGUAUAAAUAAAUGCUUUUAUGCGUUGACCUGGGUGUAUGAAUAAUGUUUCAGAUGAAAGUUAAAGUGACAGAAUAAUAAUGUUCUUGCUUCUUUCUUUGUAAA